AUGGCACGAGAGGCUGAGGCGACGGGGACGGUGGAAGAUGAUGUGACAAACCUGGAGAAGCCGAAAUCAAAGUGGAACCAGACGAUAAAGUUGUUCGAUUCCACGGCGACCGAUGACCACGCUUCCUUUUGUACACUGUGGGCAAAUGACCCGUUGCCGGAAUGGGCCAAUCAAAUCGCUGCAUUCCGGCUCCGUCUACAUCGCUCGCUGUGUGAUGCCUGUCCACUCUGGCCAAUUGAGCCCACCACCACCACCAAACCACCCCCACAUACCCACAGCAUUGGAAGUAAAUUUGACAACGGUACCACAGCGCAAAAAAGCCACGUUCGCUCCCACCGGGUAAACCUGGUCCUUAUUCGCGCGCCCGAGGCUGGCGAGAAAAACGUCGGGCAGAGCUCCCACGCACGCACAGACCGCGGGAAACACCGUCUGGGCUGGGCGGGCGAACCGCUGGAAACCCCUGGGCAGCUGGGCAGCUGGGCAGGGAGGAAACGCUCCUAA